AUGAGAGCAUACUGGUUCGACAACCAACCUGGCGACCAACGCGAGCUCCACGACUCCGGGCGCGCCGUCGAUCCAGCCUACCUCUCGAACCUCGGCGUGCUCUACUACCACAUCUCCGACGAAAAAGACGUCGACAAGCUAGCCGCGGAGCGCAGCUACAAGAACCGCGACCUGAUCACCGUGUCGCCGGAGAAGAUGGGCGCCGUGUACGAGGAGAAGGUCAAGUCGUUCUUCCACGAGCACUUGCACGAGGACGAGGAGAUACGGUAUAUCCGCGACGGCACUGGGUUCUUUGAUGUGCGCAGCGAGGGCGAUGAGUGGGUGCGGAUAUACUUGGAGAAGGAUGAUUUGAUUAUUCUGCCAGCGGGUAUCUAUCAUCGAUUUACUACGGAUAGCAAGAAUUAUAUUAUGGCUACGAGGCUCUUCAAGGAGGAACCAAAGUGGACUCCUUUGAACCGUGGUCCGGAGGUCGAUGUCAACCCCUUCCGCAAAGAGUACCUGCAGAGCCGGACUCCUGUUGCAAGCCAGUAG